GAGCGGCGGGAUGAAGAAGGACGGAGAUCCUUGGGGGCCGUUGCGCCGUCGCAACGGCCAGGACCGUCGUCGUCGGGACCAGGCGAGGCUUCGUGGGGCGAGACGGAUCUCCUACCCCGAUUUCCACUCCGCCACCCGCACGAUUUUCCCCUCCUCGCGCUUCCCCUUUUCCAGCCGCCCCUGUGUUCUCGUGUGUCGCGUUCCACAGUCACUUCAUUCUUUCCCCCCUCCCCCCUGUGUUUUCGUCCCCUCGUACCUGUUAGCCCCCAUACGCGUUCUAACCCCUCCACUCCUCCUCCAUCCCUCUCCGUUCCACCCACCAGUCGGUAUAUCCUCCCUUCUCCUCUAUCUCUCUUCUCUCCCCUUCUCGUCCUUUCUACGCACGGGGAUAUCUUGCCUGUCUCGUCUUUCUCCUUCGUCGCUCUCGCCAGACUCGCGCACCCUUCGUCCUCGUCCCUCCUCGUCGAAAUUCGCCCGAUCGCCGCUUCCUGUCCCUCUCUCCGCUCCAUCUCUCUCUCUCUCUCUCGGCCAACCCUCCCCUCCCCCACGGUCUCGCUGGCGCGCCGCUGGCAGCCCUGCAAAAACAAGCAUACGGCGAUCCCCAGUAGCACCCUGGUACACAGACCGGGCCAGAACGUGAGGCCGCGUGGCCCUGCCGGCAGGUGUAACGCGCCACGUUAUCCUCUCUCGCGUUCUGCUGCGUGACGACACGUGCGCCAUCGAGAAUUAUCUCUCCGUCUCUCUUCCCACCCCCGUUUCUUCGAGAUCCCAAGUUUUUCCCAAGUGAUUGUUAUACACGGUCGGUUCCUCGAGGAGAGAGGAGAGAGGAGGAGAGGUUUCGUGCGUCGAGAUGUUGAAAAUGGAAACGUGGCGGAACUCGGGGUUGAUGGUUGGUGGCCGUGGUGCGACGUGAUACGGACGAAUCUCGUCGGGUUUCGAGUGUGCCACGAUGAAGAACUCGUGACUGGACAUUGACGGGUGGUGUGUGGUUCUCGAACGAAGAUGGAACUGGAUGGAAGCUGGUGCGUUUGUCGUGUUCGGUGAGAAGCCUGGUGCCUAAUGGAAGAGUACGUCUACGCGUGUCCGUUUCGAGAUACUGUACGUUUAUCGAGAAUAUUUAUUGUUUUAUCGGGUGUAAAGGAGAGUGCGAUGCUUCGUUCGAUCUUCGUAUUCGAAUUUUUAUGUUGAAUAUCAUCAUCUUCGCGUGAAUUUGUUACGAGAAGAUACCUUAAAGAGUACGUAUCGAAGGAUAAUCUCAUUCUUAAAAAUCUAUCGAAGAAAUAUUUAUAUACUCGAUUGGAACGAAGGAAAAUAUUUAUUUAAUCCAGUGUAAAUUAUUUAUUUCCGAAUCUACGAAAUCAACAAAAUAUUUCUUACGAUAAUUGUAAAUUGUUUAAAGAAGAACUUAAAGGAUCAGCUUUAAAGAAAAUUUUCAAGAAUCCAAUCCUUUCCAAAAUAAAAUCUCAAAUCUAUCAUCCGUACCAACCAACUAACCAUCGCAAAUUGAAGAACGCUUUAAGGAAGAAUAAUCGAUCUUUUUAAUCAUCCACCCAUCUCCACGUUGCAUCCCUUUUUCUUCAAAAUCAUCAUCCCUAUCCACUAAGGAUUAAUCCUCCGCAAAAGUGUACACGUGUUCGUCGCUAAAGUUGACGCGUGUGGAUCUCGAGCAGUUAUUCAGUUGAUCGAAACCGGAUUGGAUGUUAUUUUGGUAUCGAGGAUCACGCAGGUCAGGGUGGAUUUAAGUGGCGUGGAUAAACGUGUUUCGUUUCAGUUGGCCGACGAACGUCGCGAGCUACGGUUCGAGGGAAGGGAACGAGGAGGAGGAAGAGGAGGAGAGGUUGUGGUGUGUGUACGUGCGUGCUUGUGCGAUUUGUUUACAUCUGGGGCCAGUGUGGUAAGAGGGGAGGAAGUGGCGGUGAUUUCUGUAAGUGAAUUAAGGGUGCCAAUCUCGUUUUGGACGAAUGGAGGAACUCGGUGGACGAGGAUUCGUGGAGAUGCUUCGCUGGAUAUUCUCGCUCCUUUUUGGUGAACAAGGAUUCGAAAUGGUAUAAUUUGUGAACUUGUUGAAUGUGAAACGGUGCUCGAAUGCAAGAAAGGAUUUGACGUUGGAAGUGAUUCGUUCAGUGUUCGUUUCUUAUUUGGGGGAGCAUAACUGUGGAAAUUCGAGAAGAGACGAAGAUAGCGAAAGAAAAGAUACUUUAUCGUGCGUUUCCAACCUGAUCGCUCGAUAUUAAUCGGGGAACGGCCUUUCUUCCAGCUGCAGAAGGACGUAUCCAGAGCCGAAUACGGGAGGACGAAACUGUUGGAGGGGAACAGGGCGAAAGUAUUCGGGGCUGGACCCGUGUUUCCCUUGGAAAGGGAAGGGAAGGGAGGCGGAUGUUUUGAGUGCAAUUUAACUUGCACCGUGGAAAGGGGUUAGGAGAGGAGGGGAGUUGGAGGUGGAAGGAAAGAGGGAAAGGAAGCGGGUGUGGACGGGCGAGUCUCGCCGCGGGGCACGCGAACUGCCAACCACUCGUAGGGACGCUUUGCAUAACGAAGUUACGAAACGAUUCGUCGCCGGGGAACCCGCCGUUCCAUGGCCUUGCGAAACAGCUCGGGACACCGCAACGCUGAUUGAAAAUACCUCGAACGUUGUGUCGCUCCCGGUGACGGCUGAGGGCUAGCGAAGGUGAGAGCAGAGCUUCAAGGCCGCGAAGGGUGAGGUCGGUUAUGCUGCUGGCGUCGCUUCGAGUGGCCGCCAGCAAAUGCUGUCAUGCCCUUGCCAUGCCAGCCGGCGGCCAGGAAGAGGCCGCUGGCCACGAGGUCGUCGAGCGGAUCGAGGACUUGCCUCGCGUUGAUCAUCGCGAUCGUGUUGCUGGGCCGCGGGGGAUCGCGAGCCGCCACUCAGAUCCGCUACGCUUCGCGCAUAGUCGAGACGAAGAGCGGGCAGAUACGUGGUAUUCUUCAGGACUUGAACAGCAAACACUUGGACCCGGUGGAAGUGUUUCGAGGCAUUCCAUACGCGGCCCCUCCCGUAGGAGAUUUACGUUUUCGACCACCGAUCUCACCGAUCCCCUGGGACGGCAUCAAACUGGCGGAUUCGUUCGGCGCAGUUUGCCCGCAGCACUUUCCGGACAUCAGCAAUGACACAGCUGCUUUGUUGCAAAUGCCUCUGGGCAGAUACCAACAGCUGAAACGUUUGUACAUGUUCCUUACCAACCAGAGCGAGGACUGCCUGUUUCUGAAUCUGUAUAUACCCGGCAGUGGAUCUCGUGGACUGGAAGCACCGUACGCAGUCAUGGUAUACGUCCACGGUGAAAGUUUCGAAUGGGGAACAGGAAACAUCUACGAUGGAUCCGUACUGGCCAGUGCCGGCCACGUUAUAGUAAUCACGCUUAAUUAUCGCCUUGGAAUCUUAGGUUUCUUGAGAACUCGUCCUUAUCCAGACAGAACGCCAGGAUCCGGAGGAAAUCUGGCGUUGAAGGAUAUAGCUAUGGGGCUGCGUUGGGUGCGCGAGAAUAUCGCCGCGUUUGGAGGAGAUCCGACGAAAAUCACGUUGAUCGGACACGAUACUGGGGCCGCCCUCGUCAACCUUUUACUGCUUGCUCCCUACGGGAAGGGUCUGUUUCAUCGCGUCGUGUUAUCGAGUGGGUCAGCAUUAAGCCCGUGGGCGUCCGUUCACGAUCCGAACGACCUACGCUUGAAAGUGGGGGAGCAAAUAGGAUGUUCGACGGAGAACGACGAAGAUAUUGCCGAUUGUCUACGCGGCGUUCCUCUCCGUGAGCUGAUGGCUGUUGAACUGCCGGAAAUCCGAUUCGUGCCACGGAUUGGGCCAGGCUUGCCAGUGGACCAAAACAAUCCCGAUCCGGGGUUGGACAUGGAGAGAGCCAGUGACACGUUCAUCAAGGUACCUCUGAUCCUCGGUGUAUCGACCACGGAGUCGAAUCUCGACUUCAACGAGAACGACAUACAAUACGGUUUCGAGGAGGAUCAUCGAAAUCGAAUCUUAAGAACGUUCAUCCGGAACGCUUACGUUUACCACUUGAACGAGAUAUUCUCGGCGGUGAGGAACGAGUACACGGAUUGGGACAAGCCUAUCUUGCAUCCUAUUAUCAUAAGGGACUCGACCAUGGAGGCAUUGAGCGACGGCCACACCGUUGCUCCUCUCAUGAGGAUUGCUUUUUAUCACGCCAGAAGGGGUGCCAAAACGUACUUUUAUCACUUCAGUCAUCAGACCAAGGAGAGCGGGAUGUUGCAGCGUCUGGGCAGUAUUCGUGGCGAGGAUAUAUCGUAUAUCUUCGGUCUUCCGUUGGUGGGCGGAGGAGCUUUCUUCUCGCGGAAUUAUUCUCGCCAGGAUCAAACCGUCGCCGAAGCCGUUCUCACAUUUUUCACGAAUUUCGCGAAGACUGGCAAUCCGAAUGAGCCGCACAAAAUCGAGUCAGUGGAUUACGGUACGCCGAAGGAAAAAACGCGAUAUCGUGGCCUUACGUGGGAGCAAUACGAGACUGGUACUCAACAAUAUCUCACAAUUGCUAUGAAACCAAAAAUGAAGAGCCAUUAUCGGGGUCAUAAAAUGGCGGUUUGGCUAAACUUAAUACCUCAACUUCAUCGACCCGGCGACGAUGAUGUUUCUAUGCGUCACCAUCAUUUUCGAGAAAGAGGCGAUCAUUUUUAUGCAGGACCAGUUCGAGACGAAUGGUACACACCCUUACCCCUCGUAGGAACAACUAAAGCCAGCGCCUCGUCUACAACAGCGUGCAGUACAACUACAGGAGAUGACAGUAUCACCGAGGAUAUUACCCCAAUCCUGGAUGAUUCAGAAGACGACGCUGAAUUGUUGCAAAGACUGGCUUCUCGUCAUUACUAUAGCACUACAACAGCUCUGGCAAUCACCGUAGGAGUCGGUUGCAUUCUGUUGGUGCUCAAUAUGUUGAUAUUCGCCGGCAUUUACUAUCAGAGGGAUCGAGACAAAAAAAGGGCAGCCAUGGAUUGUACACCAAACGGUCAAGAAUCUCUACCAAUGACUACCAGGUCGUCUAUAAAAGCUCCAGACAGUCCCAGACCAGCCCAAGAACCACCACCAUCGUACACUACCCUUGCAAGAAGUCCCUCUAUACAGGAACAUCAACAAAUUGUCCAGAGUCAAUCGACAGAAGUUGACGAACAAUUUAAAAGUGAACAGAAAGCUGGUCACGGGACCAGCAAUGCCAUUCACAAAGAUCCCAUUCCUCCAAAACCACCCACAAGAACAACCAGCUCUUUAAGUACUGCUAGUGGCACCAAUACCAUUAAAAAACGUGUGCAAAUACAAGAAAUAUCCGUAUAGCAUUAGGGGUUGCCCUUAGAGGGCAACAUGAAGAACAAGAAGGUGACUUUCGUUGAUUUUGAAGCGAAUGGCGAAUCCAAGUUUUGAGAUGUGAAUUAGAAGAAAUGUUCAAUGACAAAGCUCAAGUUGACAGAAAGAAAAUUGUUUUCUUGGAUUAUAGUGGAAACAUCGAUAAAAAAUUGAAAAACUUUCGGUGUUUUUUUCAACACUUGUUAACGUAAACUCUAAAGGAAAAUGAAUUCAAAGCGUCAUUCAAUUCUAUGUUAAGUAUUCUCUAAUUAUUCUGAUGUGUAAACAGCGAUAACUGCCAUAUGUUAUUAAAAAAGACAAAGUGCUUUAAAGGAGGGCUUGAAAGACUAUUGUUCCUCGAUUAUGCACAUAGGACUCAAAAUAUUUAAUAUUUGAGUACGUUCCUUUAUAGAAUGUGAUAUAUUUCUUUCAGGAGAUAUUAUCAAAGUCAUGUGUUACACAAGGCGAUUCAUAAUGAAUUAAUUCAAUUUAAAAUAAGUUCUUUAAAAAAAAAAAAAUAUUAAAUUUGAUAACUAUAAAAACUGUGUUGUUAACUAACGAUGAGAUAUUUUUCAAAUGUUUAUUAUCGAUAUUUGUUUUUCUAUAAAUAUAUUAU